CAUUACGCAGAUGGGAUUUUAUUUACUUGCCGAAGAGGAAACAAGAAAUAAAAGCAGCUGGAGUGGAGAGAGAAACGACCAAAGGAGUGAGCAAUCGAAGAUGGCAGCAUCGGCUAUGGUUCUAGAUCCAAAACCCUCUUCGGAGCCACCGGCUUCAAGGUACGAUCCGCAGGAGCACUCGACGGUCUCCUCUUCCGAUGACGACGACCUCUACGGCCGUCUCAAGUCUCUGCAACGCCAGAUCGAGUUUGUGGACAUUCAAGAAGAGUACGUGAAGGACGAGCUCAAGAACUUGAAGCGAGAGCUUCUCAGGGCUCAAGAGGAAGUCAAGAGGAUCCAGUCGGUGCCUCUCGUCAUCGGGCAGUUCAUGGAAAUGGUAGAUCAGAACAACGGUAUUGUCGGAUCCACCACGGGCUCCAACUACUACGUUCGGAUCCUCAGCACUAUCAACCGCGAGCUUUUGAAGCCUUCGGCGUCCGUGGCGCUGCAUCGCCACUCCAAUGCCCUCGUUGACGUUUUGCCGCCCGAGGCCGACUCCAGCAUCUCGCUUUUGAGCCAGUCUGAGAAGCCCGAUGUUACAUACAACGAUAUUGGAGGAUGUGAUAUUCAAAAGCAGGAAAUUAGGGAAGCUGUUGAAUUACCCUUGACACAUCAUGAACUAUACAAACAAAUUGGAAUAGAUCCUCCACGGGGUGUGUUGCUUUAUGGCCCACCAGGCACAGGUAAAACUAUGCUUGCAAAGGCCGUUGCUAAUCAUACAACUGCAGCUUUUAUAAGGGUGGUUGGUUCAGAAUUUGUUCAGAAGUAUUUGGGUGAGGGUCCUCGAAUGGUUCGUGAUGUGUUUCGUUUGGCCAAAGAGAAUGCUCCUGCAAUAAUCUUCAUAGAUGAGGUAGAUGCUAUCGCAACUGCAAGAUUCGAUGCCCAAACUGGGGCUGACAGAGAAGUGCAACGAAUCCUCAUGGAACUCUUAAAUCAGAUGGAUGGGUUUGAUCAAACCGUGAAUGUGAAGGUCAUAAUGGCAACCAACCGUGCUGACACUUUAGACCCGGCACUGUUACGUCCUGGUAGGCUUGAUCGCAAGAUUGAAUUCCCUUUGCCUGAUAGACGACAAAAGCGACUUGUUUUCCAGGUUUGCACUGCAAAGAUGAACCUAAGUGAUGAAGUUGAUUUGGAAGACUAUGUUUCGCGACCUGAUAAAAUUAGUGCUGCGGAGAUAGCAGCAAUCUGCCAGGAAGCUGGAAUGCAUGCUGUUCGCAAGAAUCGGUAUGUUAUACUUCCGAAGGACUUUGAAAAAGGCUACCGUACUAAUGUCAAGAAGCCAGACACUGAUUUUGAAUUCUACAAGUGAUGAUAUGUAGAAGCAUGUGGGAGCAGCCAGCUCAAUGGAUAUUCAUUUGUAGAAGUUUUAUUUAGCUGUAGCUUUUAAUUAUUAAAAAAAAAAAAACAGUUCUUCAUUUUAAUUAUUCCCGUCAUGUUUGUGAAGUGUAUCUUUGUUUUUGUGUUAAUUUCUCCGAAAGUUACAGGGGAAAACAUGAUUUCGGGCCUGCUGGAUGCUAUUAAACAAAAAAAGAAAAAAAAAAAAAGAACAGUUGGUUCAUCUCACACAAAAA